AUGACUCCGAAGGUUGUCAUUAAUGGCACCACCAAGCCGCCUGGAAAACCACACCCAAGCCCCACCUUCUUUGCGCAUGCUGUUCUCCGUACUACCAUGGACCAUUACGAGGAAAUGAGUCAGUGGUAUAUUGACUUAUUAGGGGCAGAGGUUGUCCAUAAGACUGCCAACAUAACGUUUCUACGUUAUGAUGAAGAACAUCACCGUAUCGCCAUUUUUGCGAGCCCGGAGCAUGUUCCAAAUCAAAAGGUGGACUGA